AUGGAGUUUGAGACGGAGCGCAGUACCACCCGAACGCAGCAGCAACCUCGUCAAAAAUUCCGUGGACAGGAGUAUGAUGACUAUGUACCGCGAAGGAAAACCCAUGGUCAGCGUUCCGUUGAUUUUUACUCCUCAGCCAUCCAGUAUGUGACAACGCGGCUGCAGCAUCGCAACACACCGUACGGUUAUCAUGUCGACCCGCAUCCAUACUGUUCUAAGGAUAUGCUGCCUGCUUUUCGGACCCCCUUUAAUCCCAGCACAGCACUCUGCACUCAAUGGGUCAGCACUUCAUAUCACCCCGAUAGCCGCGGCGGCCUCUCGCGCCAGGGGCUCUUGAAUCUAAAAUGGGCGCCGAAUGGCCGACGUUUGCUGUGCUCCACUGGACGCGGUGAGUUUUUGCUGUUCAACGGUCAUUCUUUUGGUGUGGAGGUCAAAACCGUGGCACAUGAGGAUCACCGCCCAUGUCGAGCUAUUACAUGGGGAAACAAUAGUGAUUUGAUCAUUAGCGGUGAUGAUGCCGGUAUGGUGAAGCUGUGGCUCUCCAACUUUGUUCUGGUGGCGGAGUUCAAUUCGCAUCACAGGGCUGUUCGGGAGUUGACGUGGGCCCCACUGGAGGGGAAAUUCUGUAGCUGCGGGCAAGAUGGUUCAGCUCGUGUGUGGGACACCAACGCCGUGGGUACAAACCCUCAACAGGCACGGGAGGAGAUGAAGUUAGAGGGGCAUGGUGGCGAUGUUGUAAGUGUGGACUGGCACCCUUAUCACUCACUAAUUUUGACUGGAAGCCAGGAUCGCGACUGUAGGUUAUGGGACCCGCGUACGGCAUCUCGUGGCAGCAUUGCGGCGCUGCAGGGACACGCUCAGUCUGUUAAUUGUGUGCGUUGGAAUCCCAGCGGAACCAUGUUGCUUUCUGCUUCCAAGGACUGUACUUUAAAACUCUGGGAUAUUCGAAUGGUACAGGAAGUAGCCUCCUACGAAGCCCACUCCAAGUCAGUGGAACGAGUGGAGUGGCACCCACAUGUGCCGGACCUUUUUGUAAGUGCAGGUGCGGAUGGAAGCAUCAUGUACUGGAUGGUUGACGGCUGUGAGGGGACUGCACGGCAGGACGGCGUGCUCGUGGUGAUUCACAACGCGGCAUUGGUGGAGAGCGCGCACGACCGAUUCCGCGAUGUCGCCAACCCGAUCAAUGCCAUUGCAUGGAGUCCACUUGGUAACUUGCUCGCUUCUUGUUCUUCAGAGGUGAAGUAUUGGCACCGCAACAUCCCCGGCGCCAUGGAAGAGAAGGAACGUGGUGAAGAGGAUGAUGUUUUUGAGAUGAAUAGGCAACAAUAA